GCAACUCUUUUACAACAACAUCUCAUCAAAAAUCAAAAUUUUCAGCUUCAUCACCCAACUCAACUCAUCCUUCACGAUCCAAUGGGUCAACUCCUUCAUCUUCCCUAUCUGGUGCUUUUCGAAAAGUGAACAGUUGCUCUGAUUUGAAUCAUCUCUUUUUAAGGAAACCGAUGCGGUCCAAUGUGGUCAAUGUAAGAGCCUAAAACGAAAUACCAGAAUGGAAAUACAAAUUUGACUAAUAUAAUCUUAUAUAUAUUAUUUUAUCGAUUUAGCCCUUAUUAUCCAUGACAAAACAUUUGAAUUCGACCUAUCAAAAAUGUAAUCAUGGAUUCCAAUACAAUGCAGCACGAAAUCCGCGUCGAGUGUUGACAAAACCAAGUAAACCUGGAGGAAAUGAUGGUUACGAUAAUGAAGACUACGAUUAUAUAUUAUACGUGAACGAUAUUCUUGGGUCUACGGAAGGACACAGAUAUAUCAUCUUGGAUGUGUUGGGCGCUGGUACAUUUGGCCAAGUGGUGAAAUGCAAGAAUAUGAAAACACAAGAACUUUUUGCUGUCAAAGUGGUCAAGAACAAGCUAGCAUAUUUCAAACAAAGUAUGAUGGAAGUCACGAUUCUGGAAAUGCUUAAUCAACGGUAUGAUGCCAAUGAUCAGCAUCACAUUCUUCGACUAAAGGAUACUUUCAUUCAUCAGAAACACUUAUGUCUCGUAUUCGAACUUUUGUCAGUCAAUUUAUAUGAACUCAUCAAACAAAACCAAUUUCGUGGACUGUCUACCAAUCUUGUACGUGUAUUUACUGCGCAGAUCUUGGAUUCAUUGACAGUAUUGAAUGAAGCUCGUAUCAUACAUUGUGAUUUGAAGCCGGAGAACAUUUUGUUGAAAAAUCUUGAAUCACCAACAAUCAAAGUAAUCGAUUUUGGAUCAGCAUGUCAUGAAGUUCAAACGAUGUACACGUAUAUUCAAUCUCGGUUUUAUCGAUCUCCUGAGGUGUUGGUUGGAUUACCAUAUACCAGUGCAAUCGACAUGUGGUCAUUAGGAUGUAUAGCGGCAGAAUUAUUUUUGGGAUUGCCUCUAUUCCCUGGAAGUUCAGAGUACAAUCAAGUAUCUAGAAUCAUUGAUAUGUUAGGGUAUGUAAUGAAAAGUGGUUACAGUUCAAUGACUGAAUAUUUUUACCUUUUUUUUUUUUGUUUUUAUAGUCUACCUCCAUCUUAUAUGAUUGAAAUGGGAAAAAACUCACAUCGUUAUUUCGAACAACAAGUCGAUGAUCAAGGUCAGAAACACUAUCGAUUACGAUCUAUGGAACAAUACGCGAAAGAACAAGGCAAACAGGAACAACCAUCCAAACGAUAUUUUACGGCAACAACUUUACCUGAACUCAUCACAACGUAUCCUCUUGCACGGAAAGAUUCAAUGUCGACAAAGGAAUUAGAAAAAGAAACACAAAGUCGACUUGCUUUUGUGGAUUUUUUACAAGGUCUAUUGAAUCUGAAUCAUUUUGAGCGCUGGUCACCUCAACAAGCCAAACAACAUCCUUUUAUUACUGGAGAACCUUUUACAGGACAAUUCACACCACCAUUUAUACCGCGAUCUCAACCCUCUAUGAAAAUACCACCACCAAUGCCAUCAAUUUCACUUCAAGAACCAUUCGAUUUCUCUUCUCCUCCAUACCAACCACCACCACCACAACGUCAACAUGUAUCGCAAUCUUCUCUUUCUGUCAGUAAUGAUUACCUACCAUCCAAUAAUCAGUAUUCAAGUGAAACUCAUGAGUCUUACUUAUCACCAGCCUACUCCAGUCUUCCAAAUUUUUACACUAAUCGAUUAUCACAGCAACAAUUCUCCCAACAAUCAUCAUUACUUCAAGGUAAUCAAAGCUCCUCUCGUCCUGAAGAUGAUAUGGUGGACCCUAAAAGCAAAUCAUCAUUCGCUACUAUCUCCAAACGGUCAUCUUACAACCUGCCUCGUGUUUUGGAACCUCCUGAAGGUGAAUACGAUACUUCUGUGGAAUCAAAUUUUAUGCCAUCCUCAUUAUUAUAUCAACAUCGACAGCAAGCUCAGCAAUCAAAUCAGCAAUCAAUGUCAGGUGUUGGGUCUCAAGCAUCGAGUGGUGGUGUGCACGGUCGACCGCGGGCAAACACAGUAGGAACAAUGCAAAUACCUCCUCCUAUACAAAUGGCUACUCUAGAUGCAGUGACGAGUAACGUUGAUGGUCCAAAAUUGGGAAUGAUUCGUGAACGAAAUCUGAAAUUAGCUGAUGUCAGUUCUCGAUCUUCUCCAUUGCAACAGCAACAAUAUCAACAACAUGAACAUCAUCCACAUUUCCGUCAUCAUCAUCAUCAACAUCAUCAACAACAGCAACAACAACAACAACAACAACACAAUGCUCGUUUAUUGGAUCCUGAUUAUGUCGAUUUUCAAGGAAUCAAAGUAUUAGAUUCAUAUCAAUCGGUGAUGCCUAAUGAUAGCAACGGAUCUUCUAGUUUUCAACCUUCCACAAUAUCCAUGUUUCAGCAAUCAUCCUCUACGUCAUCCCAUCCAAUCAAUAUCUCCACAUCCACUGUCAACCAUCAAGAACAGUAUUAUUCAGCAAAUCAAGAUUAUGACUUUGGUCCAUCAACGCAGCCACCUCCAUUCCCUUUUAGUUAUCAACAACUUCAUCGUGCAGUUCAAGAACGUCCAAGCACUUGGCGAUCAAGCAUAGGAAAUGUACCACCCAUUGAUUUGGAAAGAGAUGCGGAUUGGACAGAAGAACGAAACAGCCCACCAUUAGACUCAUCCUCAUUAUCACCUCAUCACUAUUCACAACAUCAAACAUCAUCCUCAUCUACUUCACCACUAUCAGUUGCUAGUAUGUCUAUACGAAAUUCAACAUCCACAUCCUCCCGACCAUCUCAAAAUUCCUCACAACAGCAUCGUAGAAGUCAUAGUGGUGUUCGGUUUGCAGACAUAGUACCAACAAUUUCCUCUUCCUCCUCCUCCUCCUCCUCCUCAAAUAAUGUCUCAUCUGUGAUGUCAAGAUCUAGUAUGGCAAGUAAUGUAGCAAGUUUACAUCGACGUGUCCGGGGUCAUCCACCUCUUGUGCAGCCGUAUCACCGUCAUGAUCUGGAGUGGGAUGGGGUUCAUAAUAUUCCAUCACAUCAGCAAUUACAACAACAGCAGCAUUUGACAUCUUUCCAUCAACAUCAAAACCAUGUAACAACAACUAGUGAUUUGGACAGAACUUGAUUCUAUUAAUUUCUGUAGUAUUCUUUCCUUUUUUAUUUUUUUUUUUUAUUUUACAUAUACCUUAUUAGAAAUGAAUCAACUUC